ACGCUAAGCAAAAUCCAAAAUUGCCAACUUCAGCGCUCUUUCUUUGCACUUAUCUAAAGUCUUGCCUUAACCCACAUCUCUCUCACCCUCUGAAAGCUCCUUCUCAUCUCCUCUCAAUCCCCAAACUUAAGCAUUCCUUUCUCUUGCUGAUCAACGAAUCAAAUCUCGACACUUCUUUAUUUCUAAGCCACCAGCAGCAGCAGCAGCAGCAAGUCACUCUUCCUUUAGGUCUAAGCCAACUGGGUAUCUUAUUUUUCUGUCAUUACCUUUUACUUCUUGGCCAUUCCUUUUUGUUGUUUUAAUGCCUCCCUCAGGUGUUGAGAAUGGUAGUUGGAGCUACAGUACUGCAUACAAACAUAUCCUUCAUGGCAAGUAAGGGUAAUAAUUUGCAGGCCAAUUUGAGUGUGCCAUUGGAUAUUAGAAGAAAGAAGAUUAGUGGGCAAGAAAAAAGAGAGGCACUUGAAAGAGAGGUAUCUGCCCUACAGAAAAUGCUGAAACAAGAAGAAAAGGUGCAUGAAAUCUUGGAGCUUUUACAAAAAAAGAAUGAAGGGUCUGGCUUCUCUAUCCCAAACUUCCUCCCUCCCAAGGCAAAGGAGCUCCUAGCAGAAUUAGCCAUGACUGAGAGUGAGAUAAUUCGACUAGAAGCUCAAAUAAGCCAACUCAAACUAGGUUUGAGACGUGAACAAGAAAUUAUGAAAGAGACAAAAUCAAAACAAUGGCAACCUAGAAAUACAGACAACCUUCAAAGCCAUUUCUGGAGUACAAUGCCAAGCCCUUUACACAGAGGUGUUCAAGAAAAGAUGGGAUUUGAGACCAAGGCAUUGCAUUUCAUAAGUAAAGCAAUUAAAGGUGACUACAUUGCUAAUGACUUUACUCUGAAUGACAAAACUGGAAGUUCAAAAGUAGAAUUUCCUCAUCACAAAGAACAUCAAUUCCAUGAAGAGGUUAGCAAGUUUCAGGAUCGAAUUCCAAAAAAAAGUGGAUUGCUGAAGUCUCCUUCGCCUUUGCGAGACCUUAGACAUCCGUCACCUAAGCUGCGAGAGAGGCAAGUGGAAUUUGCCACAGAUCUCUUGCCAAAAUCACUAUCUAAUGCAAUUCUAUCAGAAGAGAACAAUGCCCAGCAGUUCCAACCCAACAAGCUAUCAGAGAAUAUCAUGAAGUGUUUGAACUUCAUAUACGUUAGGUUACUAAGAACAUCAAGAGCAAUGGAACUAGAGAAGUCAGGCCCAAUUUCUAGGUCAUUGCAAGCUUCUUUAAGUUUCAGGACUGACACUAGCUCAAACUCCAAGACAAACCUUAUGUUACAAAGAGAAUCAAGGCAACAGGAUCCAUAUGGAAUCUUCAAUUCAGAAGAGUCUAUUCCAAGGGAUAUUGGUCCUUACAAGAACUUGGUCAUUUUCACAUCAAGCUCUAUGGACCCAAAAUGCAUUUCAAGUUCAAGUUCUAUUCCUUUGCUACGACGACUAAGGGUCUUGAUGGACAAUCUGGAGACUGUGGAUUUGCGAUUCUUAACUUACCAUCAGAAACUAGCUUUCUGGAUCAACAUGUACAAUGCUUGUAUCAUGCAUGGUUUUAUUCAAUAUGGAGUACCUUCAACUCCAGAAAAAUUGUUGACAUUGAUGAACAAGGCAACUCUAAACGUUGGUGGCAACACAAUUAAUGCUCAGGCUAUAGAGCAGUAUAUUCUGAGGAAGGCAACUUCUUCUAACAAGAUUCAUCAGAAGAGCGAAACCGAUGAUAAAGAAGCCAUUGUUCGUAAGCUUUGCGGACUUGAAUUAAUGGAUCCUAACGUCACAUUUGCUCUAUGUUGCGGAACCCGUUCUUCUCCAGCUGUAAGAGUAUACACAGGAGAUGGUGUUAUAGCCGAGCUAGAGAAAUCCAAGCUAGAAUACUUGCAAGCAUCUAUUAUAGUGACUAGCACAAAAAGAAUUGCAUUCCCAGAACUUCUGCUUAGGAACAUGCUUGAUUUUGCUCCAGACACGAACUCAUUAGUGGAAUGGGUUUGUCAUCAGUUGCCUACAUCUGGGUCAUUGAGGAAAUCAAUUGUGGAUUGCUUCAGGAGCCAUAAUAGUGGCAAAGUCACCUCCAUUUCUGUUGAGAAGAUACCCUAUGACUUUGAGUUUCAGUAUCUGUUGGCAAUAUAGACUUUUGGGUAAUAAUUGUUCUCAAAUAUUUUUUUACAAUUUAUAUUUAGCUCUUGUAUUUUCCAAUAAUUUACUGGAAAGUUUUAUAUCAACUACAAUGUACAUAACCACUUGGAGAGUGACAAUAAUAAAAUAUAUUAUAUGCUC